GGUUCGAUCCGGCCAGCUCCCUCUCUCUCUCUCUCUCUCUCUAGCAGUUCAUUUCCUCCCAUCUCUGCUUACCUUGAAGAUUUUGUCUGCUGCUCAUCCCGACCGUCGUGGAUCGGUCCGUCGUCUCUUCUCUCCUCUCGACGAUCUCUUCUCCGUCAACCCAACUUCUUCAUCCCCAUAGUUGAAGUGGCUCUCAGGUUCGCCUCUGGUUGCCCAAAGCAGGAGACAAGACAAGACGGCUACUUGAUGGCUCUUCAAUUGCAUUAGAGCUGACGACGUCCCGCUAUUUUGAAUCCUAAGGAAUUUCAGCGGUUGCCCCCACUUUGUGUCCGUCCCCUUCCCCGGCCAUGACCAUUUCCCUCCAAAUAUGACCGGCGGUGGCGCGUUUUCUCCUUCCGGCGAGGCUUUGUCGCUGAACACUAACCUCAACAUCACCACUGGAGAUUCUCAAACCAGCGAUCAGUUACUUGAAGACGAAGGCGAUGGCCUUGAGAUUGAUAGCAACGAUAUUGAGAAUGACGGUGAUGAACUGCUUGGGAUGAACGAUGACGAGCAAGUGCUUGAGUUGAAUGACAGUGACCAAGUGCUUGAAAUCAUAGGCAAUGAUCCCGAGGAUGAGAGAGUCAGGACAGUCAAUGAGGAUCAUCAAGAUGGUGGUUCUGAUUGGAAGGAGUACCCUCCCCCUGUUCCAGGAAUGGAGUUUGACUCGUAUGAUGAUGCUUACAACUAUUAUAACUGCUAUGCAAAGGAACUCGGGUUUGCCAUUAGGGUGAAGUCUUCAUGGACGAAACGGAAUAGCAAAGAGAAACGCGGUGCAGUGCUCUGUUGCAAUUGUGAAGGGUUCAAGACAGUCAAAGAGGCGAGCACUCGAAGGAAAGAGACGAGAACGGGGUGUCUGGCAAUGAUAAGGUUGAGACUUGUGGAAUCAAAUAGAUGGAGGGUGGAUGAAGUUAAGCUUGAACACAACCACUUGUUUGAUCCUGUUAGAGCAAAGAACUCGAAGUCGCACAAGAAGAUGGAUGGUGCUAAACAUAAAGUGGAGCCAGACCUUGAUAUUGAGGUACAGACAAUUAAAUUGUACCGUGCCCCUGUUGCUGAUAUAUUUGGCAAUGGAAGCUCAACUCCCGAGGAAAGAGAGAUCCCUUUGAGCCGUGGUAGGCACUUGAAGCUUAAUAAAGGAGAUGCUCAAGUCAUACAGGACUUCUUUUGUCGGUCACAGCUUGCUGAUCCAAAUUUUCUGUACCUGAUGGAUCUCAAUGAUGAAGGGAACUUAAGGAAUGUUUUUUGGCUUGAUGCAAAGUCCCGUGCUGCUUAUAAUUACUUUGGCGAUGUUGUGGCAUUUGACACCACUUGCUUGUCAAACAAUUACAAAAUCCCGCUCUUUGCUUUCGUUGGAGUGAAUCAUCAUGGUCAAUCUGUUCUUCUAGGUUGUGGUCUGAUUGCAGAGGAGACAAUAGAGAACUAUAUUUGGUUAUUUAGGGCUUGGCUUAGUUGCAUGUCUGGCCGUCCUCCACAAACUAUUGUUUCAGAUCAGUGCAAAACCAUGCAAAACGCAAGUGCUGAAGUUUUCCCGAGGGCCAACCAUAGGUUCUUUCUGUCUAGGUUGAUGCAGAGCAUUGUUGGUAAUGUGGGGCCAUUACACAAUCCCAGUGCAUUCUUUACUGCGCUUGAAAAAAUUGUCUAUGACUCUCCUAGAGGGGAAGACUUUGAAAUGGCAUGGGAAGAAAUGAUUCAGCGAUUGGGGCUCGGGGGCCAUGAGUGGCUUCAAGCUUUGUAUGAUUCUCGGGAGAGGUGGGCACCAGUUUACAUAAAAGACAUAUUUUUGGCCGGCAUAAGUGGUUUCCAACGAGGUGACAAUGUCAGUUCCUUCUUCGAGGGUUACGUGCAUGGAGGAACCUCUUUGCAGGAAUUUUUUAACAUGUAUGAACUGGUUGUGGAGAAGAGUCGCCAGAAAGAAGCUCUUGAUGAUUCUGAGUCCAAACACAUGAACCCUUCGUUGAGAACAAGAUGCUACUACGAGCUGCAGCUCUCCAGAUUGUACACAAAAUCAAUAUUCAACAAGUUCCAGGAGGAAGUGGUGUCGAUGUCCUCUUGUGUCAGCAUCACUCAGGUUCAUGAGCAUGGGCUGAUUACUACGUAUCACGUGAAAGAACGUGAAGGAGAGGGAGAUCUUGCGGAUCUACGAAAUUUUGAAGUAACUUAUGAUAAAACCGGAGCUGAGGUCCGUUGCAUCUGUGGUUGCUUCAACUUCAAUGGGUAUUUGUGUCGCCACGCCUUGUGCGUACUUAACUAUAAUGGGGCUGAGGAAAUCCCGUUCCAUUAUAUUUUGUCACGGUGGAGGAAGGACUUUAACCGAUUAUAUGUACCUGAAUUUGGAUCCAAUAAUGUUGACAUAUCGAAUCCAGUCCAGUGGUUCGAUCAUUUGUAUAGAAGAGCAAUGCUGGUGGUCGAGGAAGGCAUUGCUUCCGAGGAUCAUUACGCUGUUGCUUGGCAAGCUUUUCAAGAGUCUUUGAAUAAAGUUAGACUCGAAGGAGAAAAACAUGUAUGACAUUAUAAAUUCAUAAUUAUAUAUGUAAAGAAAAUGUACAAAAUUCUUUAUAUAUUGGAUUUUUAUUUUCCCCUUA